CAGCGGAGGGAACGCUACCGGAACCUUUGGGCACAGAUUCAUAUUUAUAUUUAUAUUUGAAGAAGUCAGAAUGGACCUGUUGGAGCUCAACGGGACGGACUCUGCUCUGCGGCUGCGCGAGUACAGCUUCGAGCGGCGCUUCGACGAGAGAGGCGCGCUCGCGUGGAUGCAGGUCAACUGGAGCAAGUCCUUCGUGUUCUGCGUUGUGUACGCCGCCCUGGUGUUCGGAGGGCGGCACUACAUGAAGCCCCGCCCCAAAAUGAACCUGCGGCUGCCACUCAUCCUCUGGUCGCUCAGCCUCGCUCUCUUCAGCAUCACCGGUGCGAUGCGGACCGGCUCCUACAUGGUCCAGGUCCUGAGCUGCGGCGGCUUCCGGCGGUCCGUCUGUGACCAGAGCUUCUACAACGGGCCGGUCAGCAAGUUCUGGGCCUACGCCUUCGUGCUGAGCAAAGCGCCGGAGCUCGGCGACACGGCGUUCGUGGUGCUGAGGAAGCAGAAGCUGCUGUUCCUGCACUGGUACCACCACAUGACGGUGCUGCUGUACUCCUGGUACUCCUACAAGGACAUGGUGGCCGGCGGCGGCUGGUUCAUGACCAUGAACUACGGCGUGCACGCGCUCAUGUACAGCUACUACGCGGCGCGCGCCGCCGGCCUGCGCGUGCCGCGGCCGCUCGCCGCGCUCAUCACCGGCGCCCAGCUGGGCCAGAUGGCGAUGGGGCUGGCGGUCAGCGCGCUGGUGUACCGCUGGAUGCCGCACGGCGACUGCCCCUCGCGGCUGGACAACGUGGCCUGGGCCGGCCUCAUGUACCUCAGCUACCUGCUGCUCUUCUGCAACUUCUUCUACCACACCUACCUGCGGCGCCACGCCAAGCUGCAGUAGGAGCCCAGGUGCAUCGUGGGGGAUCCCUUUCACGAACUGGAGACGAGCCAAAGAACCUUUUAUCUCCAAAGACUCAUCGUUUUAUACCAGAAAAUGAAUCCAUGAAUUUUAUGAAACAAACACGUUUGUUUUAAGCAUUCCGAUCAGAACUCGUGGAUUCUUGAAUGUGAGGUUUCAUCGGCCCGAAAGCAGCCGGACUGGUUCCACUGGUUCUCCUGGUUCUCCUGGUUCUCCUGGUUCCAGCAGAAACACUCUGAGUCGGUUCAAAAUGAGUUUGUCAAAUGUGAGU